AUGUACAGUGGGUACGUAGAGUCUGCUGGCAGAGCAGUGCUGGAGAUGAUGCAGAGAGAAUGGGAACCUCUUUCCCAAGGUGAACUUGAACAGAGCUUGGACCAGGCAGUUGAGAAAAUCCUGGAAACAGAACUUUUAUCCCAGGUUCGGGUCCAACCUGCCCCUGUGUGCCUACAGCGGGUAGAACCUCAAGUGCAUGCUGAAACGGUCCUAUCAACAGAAUCGAGUACAUUUCACCCUGAACAACAGGAGGGGUCCGAGACACAACAGUCGAGUGACUCUGUGGACAAUAUUGCAGUGAAGUGUAUUACAGACCUCCUGCAGAAUUCCAAUUCAAGUUACAGCAGAAGCCGUUUGUCAGGCCGGGCUCGUCUCUCCUUAUCCCACACUGUUGUCCUGUCCCUCACUCUCCUGUCUAAGCGCAUCAGCUAUCGCUCUGUAUCUAGCAGUUUCCGUCUAGAGAAAGGAAACAUCCAUAGGAUCUUCUUCUCUUUCUGUGAGCGUGUCAACAUGCUUGAAGACCAACUCAUCAAAUGGCCUGUUGCAGGCUCUACUGAAAGAGGAAGUCACCAGCCCCUGUCCAGCCUGCUGGGGAAAGCCGUCCGACCGGAGGAGCAGGAUAUUCCCACGGUCCUGGGGGUCCUGGGCAACACCCGCAUACCUAUCCGCCUACCGAUUGGGAAACAAGAUUUUGACAGUGUGGUGACAGAGGUUAAAAAGAUGAAAAAAGAGGUCCAUCCUGACUCCUGGCUCAACCUGGAGCUGGUGUGUGACUUCAGAGGCAGAUUUAUACACUGUAGGAUCAGUAAGGGAUCAGACACCACCAGAGGCAGCUCUCUUAAAGACAAACUCAAACAGCACCCUGAAAUGAUGCCUCCUGGAUCUUGCCUUGUUGCUCGAGUAGGAUAUCCUGUCUGUACACAGAUUCUCACCCCGUUCACGAUCACUCAUGGUCCUAGAGAGAAUCUCUAUAACAGGACGUUGGGGGUUCAUUUUUGUGCUUACGACCAGGCCAUAGCUGACCUGAAAACGAGGUUUCAAAGGCUCCGGUAUCUGGACAUGGGUAACUUUGAGAGGGCCAAAGCAGUUGUCCUGACUGCCUGCAUACUACACAAUGUUUUCCUUGACAUGGGUCAAGAGGUCAGAGGGGAGAUCGAGGAGGAAGCAAGUGUGCAGGAGGGAGAGGGUGAAACCGAUAUUGAAGGUGUGGAGAGAAGAGAAGCCGUUGCAGGUUUACUCUAUCAAGCUCUGGAUUUCAGUAAUGUGUGAUGUUUUUUUGACCCAUCCCUUCUGUUAUAGUUUUCUUUUUAUUAAAAGCAAUUUACAAU